AUGGCGACAAGCUCUUACCCUCGAGGGCCAUUGGCUCAGAUUGCCAGAGACCAUGAGGAGCUCCUCUGCACCAUCCACAACCUGCAUCGGCUUGGGGUUGACAUCGACGCCUUCCCUGAGAUCAUCGUCGUCGGGGAUCGGAGCUCUGGUAAGAGCUCCAUCCUUCACGCCUUCUCCGGCAUCGACUUUCCCGCAACGGGAGUCGAGUUUACAAACUCUGUUCUCGAGCUCUCCCUCCGCACGAGCACCGAGGCAAGCAUCACCGUCGAGGUGAAAGAAAAGGGCUCGAAUACAUUCGUGCCGCUUGCAGGAAUGACUAGCCGCCAAACAAACUCUCAGGCGGUAAACGAGAUCUUUGGCCAGGUCAAACUCUUCAUGGAGCGGCAGAGGCUGGCUGGCGCUGCCCCAGUAACGGCUCUGCAGGUCAACGUUGGCGCUCCCCAUUUUGGGCACAUCGGUUUCGUCGACCUGCCUGGGUUGAAUUCCCUUCCGAACUCCGAUAGAGGCUCUUUCACGAACAGUGCUGCUUCGAUUGCAAAGGAAUACAUGUGCAAGAGGAACGCUAUCAUACUCAUCGCCGUGCCUGCCGACAGCACCCACAAGCGCGAGACGGCCCUAAAGCUGUGCAAGCUCAUUGAUCCGAACGGAGAGCGGACCCUGGCGAUUGUUACCAAGGCCGAUCUCAUUCCAAUCGACUCUCCGCACAACGAGCAGAUUUUCAAGAUCUUUCACGACGGCCAAAACGGAUUUCUCGCGACGGAGAAGUGGCACGUUCUCCCGAGUCCGCCGAGACAUGGCAUCUACACACACGGCGUGGAGGCACAAUCCGCGCCUCAGCCUCAGAUGCCCACCGCACAGAUCGAGAAACACUUGCCUCAAAUUUCAGACUACGAUCAAGGUUUUGCAAGUCUCAUUCCGAAGUUGAGCGUCUUGUAUGCCGGUCGGCUGCAUGCCAAUCUGCCGAACCUCCUUGCGAAGGGGGCCUCCAUCCUCAAGUGCAAGAGAAGUGACUUGGAGCAACUCCAAAAGUCACUCAGCACAGACGCAGAGAAGACUCACUACCUGUGCGGAAUCGCCAACGACUUCCGCACCAUCGCACAAGCAGCCACGAAAGGCGAAUACGAUCACGGCUAUUUCCGCGACGACAGCGGUGUCCCUCCCGUCCCCGACACGCGAAGACUGCGAGACAUCAUCCGCACACUGAGCCGGGCAUUCGUUCAUGUCAUGAAAACCAAUGGGGCACAUUGCAACGUCAAAUGCGAUCAAGCCUCGGUCACUCAGCCGUCGGAGCCUGACGAGCUUCACGAGUCAAUGGUGCCUUGGGUCAAUAUGUUUCAAGUCGAGUCUCCCAAAAUGGUAUCACUGUCUGAUAUCAAGCCCGAGUUUGUAUCAGCAUCCUCCGUCAGCCAAGUACCAGGCUCUGUCAGUCACAGACUCAGUCUGGAUCUAUUUCGCGACCAGUCCUGCAAGUGGUAUGCCAUCGCAAGGCGCCACAUCGACUUGGUUGCGGACGCUGUCAGGACUUUCGUGACAGCGGCACUCGGGCACGUCUUUGGUGCCAAUACGUCCGGUUUCGACACCAUGAUGAUAGAGCUUGUUCUGCCUUUCUUCAAUCGGAUUGCACUCGAGCUCUCGGAGAAGCUGAGCGAGCUGCUGUGGCAUUACCGACAUGGAGACAUGAUCUGCGCCGAUGACGACUUUCGAGCGCGAUUGGUCCAAAGACAGUCUCUUCGCCCUGUCGAGAGCCGUGGUGUAGAAUCAGAUCGGGGCGAGAAUGGCAUCCUGGAGGCUGUGGAGAUGAUGGCGGUAUACUACGAGGUCAGUCAUCACUCCCACGAAUGUGCCUGA